CAAACAGGACGGUCAUCUCCGACUAAAACACUAUUCCUGCUUUAUACAUGCCUGGCCCUGUUUUUUGUACCCUAUCGUCCUUUUGAUUAACAUUAAGGCGCAUUAAAGGCUCCGGGAUGUACACAGCCGGGCUCAACCCGUUUUACGCAUCAAACUUCAGCCUCUGGUCUGCGUACUGCGCGGGGGGUUUUGCCGUGGAUACAAUGAAGAAACCCUCGUUUUGCAUCGCAGACAUUUUGCAGGCUGGAGAUGCGGAGAACAUCCCGGGAUCGUCGGCCCUCAUGGUGCAUAUGGGACACCACCGUGCUCACGGGCACUCCGGCAGCUCGCCCCUGCGCCCCUCUCCAGUUGCGCCGGAGCCGUCGGUGUUUGGUGCGAGAGUGACUCCGGCGUCUCCGUACCACAGACACGGACUACAGCUGACUUCAGUCUCCAGAACAACUUUUAACUCGCAGCAGGCUCCCCCGCCUUCAAGCAAAGACCUCAAAUUCGGAAUUGAUCGGAUAUUGUCGACAGACUUUGACCAAAAAAGCAAAGAAGCGUCGUCAUUAAGAGAUCUCACAUCCAUCGUUAGCUCGAACCGUCAGUCAGGGAUCCACGUCCCCGUUCAGCCUCCGGCCAGCCAGUACUUCUCCUCCCUAGAGACCGGGAUCAGCGAUGCGUCCUCCAUGAUGAGUUCACUAGGCAGCAGCGGCAGGCAAACAGGCCAGCAUCAGUUUCAGGACACCUUCCCAGGUCCAUACGCUGUCCUCACCAAAGACACAAUGCCACAGACGUACAAGAGGAAAAGGUCAUGGUCAAGGGCAGUGUUUUCAAACCUGCAGAGAAAAGGACUUGAGAAGAGAUUCGAAAUACAGAAGUAUGUCACCAAGCCUGACAGAAAACAGCUGGCUGCCAUGCUCGGGCUGACAGAUGCUCAGGUGAAGGUCUGGUUCCAGAACAGGCGCAUGAAGUGGAGACACUCGAAGGAGGCCCAGGCGCAGAAAGACAAGGAGAAGGAGCAGCCGGACAAGACUGCGUCAGAGGCCAGAGAGCCCAAAGAGCCGGAGGAGUCGGAGUGUGAGAGCGAAGCGGGGAGCGAGUCUGAAUCCGACGAGGGUCAGGAGGACAGCUCUGGACAUUUGGACGUUUCUGAGCACAACAAGACCAGCGUCAUUAUGAGCGGCGGCGGCCCCGGCGGCCCCGGCCCCGCCAGCAGCACGGAGCCGGCGCCGGCGCCAGCGGCCACGGUCCCGGCUGUCACAGACACAGGGGCAUCACAGAUUUUAAUAUGAGCGGACUGUGCUGCCUUAGUUCAUGAACUGUAAUUUCGACCGAGUUUUUUAUUUUUAUUUUUUUAUUUUUAUUUUUAUUUUUUAUUUUUAUUUUGAUAGAAAAAUGACAGUUCAUCUGGAGUGGCUCGCCUGAAGAAGCCACAUGGGCGUCAGUUCACUAAACCAUAAUAAGGUAUGGCAAAGUCCCUGCGGCUGUUACACUGUCAUUAUCGCUUGUAUCGGCUAAAAUAGAUUACCAACUGACGAUUAACAAGAUGUAAUUAUUUUUGUUUGGUCAGUGUUAUAAGUUAUGAGGCUUAGAGACGGGUCAGGAAACUAUCAUCUCCUCCUUAAUCUACCCUGAUGUCAGAUUUGUUAAUGGCUUACACACAGAUUUAUGGCAAGUUUGGCUCUCCCUUAUUAUUAAUAAAAACUACAAGAUCAAAUAUAGAUUCAGAUUUAAGUAUGGCGGCUGCCUUGAAGCUACAGGCCUUACCACUGACGCCCACUGACAGGCCACUUCCAGUGACUCCUUGUCGUUUUCCUCUCAAGAGCUUUUGUGUGCAUGAUGUUUUCCUUAUCUCAAGGAAAUAUGCCGUUGUGAAUUUUAUUAUUAGGUUAUGAACCACUCGUUCCACGUUAUGAAAUCUCAGAUCAUCACACAGUGUUCCAUGU